AUGCCGGACGCCUAUAAAGCACCAGAAGCCUGUGUCCAACCUAAUCCACAAAAAUGGACAAGAAGGAUCUGCCUCUGCCCCGAAAAAGUAGCAGACGGCAGCGUGUUCCAGCUUUGUGUGAGCACUUUCUCACUCGGAGCGUCUCAGUCGGAGCAAUCUGUUGCAGUGAACAUUCAGCAGCAGGAGACCAGUGCUGUGACCUCAGUUGCCCACGUGGUUCUGGGAAGUUGCAGAACCAAUAACCGGAAAAGCCUCAUCCUCACCAGUACGUCCCCCACCCUGCCACGGCCGCACUCGCCACUGCCUGGACACAUCGGAAGCAGUCCGCUGGACAGCCCGCGCAACUUCUCUCCAAGCGGACCCGCCCACUUUUCCUUCGCCUCUUCUCGAAGGGCUGAUGGUCGAAGAUGGUCCCUGGCGUCUCUGCCCUCGUCAGGAUAUGGAACCAAUACGCCCAGUUCAACGUCAUCCAGCUCAUCCCAGGAGCGUCUGCACCAGCUGCCCUUCCAGCCGACCAUGGACGAGUUGCACUUCCUGUCCAAGCACUUUGGCAGCACAGAGAGCAUCACGGACGACGACGGGGGGCGGCGCUCGCCUCACGUCCGCCCUCGCUCUCGGAGUCUCAGCCCGGGGCGCUCUCCUUCCUGCUAUGACAAUGAAAUAAUGAUGAUGAACCAUGUCUACAAGGAGCGCUUCCCCAAGGCCACGGCUCAGAUGGAGGAGAGGCUGGCAGAGUUCAUUCACAGCUACUCCCCAGAGAGCGUCCUGCCACUGGCCGACGGAGUCCUCAGCUUUAUCCACCACCAGAUAGCUGAGCUGUCCAGAGACUGCCUGACAAAAUCACGCGAGGACCUCAUCACCAGUGUCUACUUCUGUGAACUGCAGGAGAACCUGGAGAAGCUUAUGGAUGACGCCUAUGAGCGCUCGGAGAGUUCGGAGCUCACCUUCGUCAUUGAACUGGUCAAAAAGCUCUUCAUCAUCAUAUCUCGUCCCGCCAGGCUCCUCGAGUGUUUGGAGUUCAACCCAGAGGAUUUUUACCAUUUGCUUGAGGCAGCGGAGGAUCACGCCAAGGAGGGACUGCUGAUGAAGGCAGACAUCCCUCGGUACAUCAUCAGCCAAUUGGGUCUGACCAGAGACCCACUGGAGGAAAUCGUGAGCCUUGACAGCUACGACAGUGAGGGUCCACACACGCCAGAGACUGAUGACUCGGCAGAGGGAAGAGGGCGACCCAUGAAGCCACCGAGUGAAGAAGAUUUUCAGAACAUCAAACUCAUCAGCAAUGGAGCUUAUGGUGCUGUCUACCUGGUGCGGCACAGGGAGACGCGUCAGCGUUUUGCCAUGAAAAAGAUCAACAAGCAGAAUCUGAUUCUGAGGAACCAGAUCCAGCAGGCGUUUGUAGAGCGAGACAUCCUGACCUUCGCAGAGAACCCCUUUGUCGUCUCCAUGUUCUGCUCCUUUGAAUCGCGCAGACACCUCUGUAUGGUCAUGGAAUAUGUUGAGGGUGGUGACUGUGCCACGCUUCUGAAGAACAUCGGCGCUCUGCCUGUGGAGCUGGCAAGGAUGUACUUCGCUGAGACUGUUUUAGCCCUGGAGUACCUGCACAACUAUGGUAUCGUCCAUAGAGACCUCAAACCUGACAAUCUCCUGAUCACCUCCAUGGGCCACAUCAAGCUCACAGACUUUGGCUUGUCGAAGAUGGGCCUAAUGAGCCUCACCACCAAUCUUUAUGAGGGACACAUUGAGAAAGAUGCUAGAGAGUUCCUGGACAAGCAGGUGUGUGGAACUCCAGAGUACAUUGCUCCAGAGGUGAUUCUCCGUCAGGGCUAUGGAAAGCCGGUGGACUGGUGGGCCAUGGGCAUCAUCCUGUAUGAGUUCCUGCUCGGCUGUGUUCCUUUCUUUGGAGACACUCCUGAGGAGCUGUUUGGCCAGGUCAUAACAGACAAUAUCAUUUGGCCAGAUGGGGACGACGCCUUGCCUGCAGAUGCCCAGGGUCUCAUAUCAGCUCUGCUGCAGAACAACCCUCUCAUGAGGUUGGGAACAGGGGGGGCGUUUGAGGUGAAACAGCACUCAUUCUUCGACGAGCUGGACUGGAACAGUUUGCUGAGACAGAAGGCAGAGUUCAUCCCUCACCUGGAGUCAGAGGAGGACACCAGCUACUUUGACACCCGCGCGGAUCGUUAUCACCACAUCAACACGUACGACGAGGAUGACACCAAUGACGACGAGCCGGUGGAGAUCAGGCAGUUUUCCUCGUGCUCGCCUCGCUUCAGCAAGGUGUACAGCAGCAUGGAGCAUCUCUCUCAGCUGGAGCAGAAAGCUUCGAGCUCUGUGUCCCGGCGGGAGCACAAGGGCCCGCGGGACGACAAGGUGACCAAGAGAGAGAGCCUGGGCAGCUUCAGCAUGAGGGACAAGAGCUGGAGGACAGGGUCGCCUGAGAUGAAGCGCCUGUCGUGUUCAGAGUCCCUCUACAUGGAUGGUGACGCGAGCCCUCCCCUUGGGGCUCGACGGCGCUUCUCAGCACUGAUGGAUACACAUCGUUUUGCCUCACCUCUAGAGGGUGAGCCAGACUUCCUGUCCCGCCAGGCUCCCUUCAAGGUCCGCGGAACCUCACUGGACGGGACCAGCGUCCCCUCGCCGAGUCUUCUGGAGCAGAGGAGCAGCCUGAAAGAGAUCAACGGAGCAGACAAGCCCCCUCGACCUGGAGAGACACCCGGCAUUACCACGGCAAUCAACACGUUAUCUCCAGCAGCCAGCCGUGAUGUGAUGACCCCUCUGUGUGACCCUCUGGGGGCCCGGGCCACCAAUGACCUGGUGCUCCGCAGAGCGCGUCACCAACAAAUGUCCGGCGACGGAGACAAACGCAACUCCAGAGCUGGCAACAAGGUCACCAAGUCAGCCUCUGCCACAGCUCUGUCUGUCAUUAUACCAUCAGUGGAGCAACAUGGCGGCUUCUCUCCGCUGGCCAGCCCCAUGUCUCCUCACUCGUUCUCAUCCAACCCCUCUUCCCGAGACUCUUCACCCAGCAGAGACUUCUGCCCAGCAGUCAGUGUGCUGCGCUCCCCCAUCACCAUCCAUCGUUCUGGAAAGAAGUACGGCUUCACCCUCAGGGCCAUCAGGGUCUACAUUGGAGACAGUGACAUCUACAGCGUGCAUCAUAUUGUUUGGCAUGUGGAGGACGGCGGCCCUGCACAGGAAGCUAGCCUGUGUGCCGGUGACCUCAUCACCCAUGUCAACGGGGAGUCUGUCCACGGUCUGGUUCACACUGAGGUGGUCGAGCUUAUUCUCAAGAGUGGAAACAAGGUGACAGUGACAACGACACCUUUCGAGAACACCUCCAUCAAAGUGGGACCAGCCAGGAAGGCUGGCUACAAGUGCAAGAUGGCCCGACGGAACAAGAGGCCUACGGGAAAGGACAGUCAGGAGAAUAAGAAGCGCGGCUCGUUGUUUCGUAAGAUCACGAAACAGUCCAAUCUGCUGCACACCAGCCGCAGCCUGUCCUCUUUGAAUCGCUCUCUGUCCUCCAGUGAGAGUCUUCCCGGCUCCCCAACUCACAGUCUGUCUGCCCGGUCCCCGACGCAGGGCUACCGCUCCACCCCCGAGACCUCAUACCUGGGUGCCUCCUCCCAGAGCAGCUCUCCAGCCUCCAGCACUCCAAACUCCCCUGCUCCAUCACAGCACAUGAGGCCCAGCUCCCUGCACGGCCUCUCACCGAAACUCCACCGCCAGUAUCGCUCUGCUCGUUGUAAAUCUGCCGGUAACAUCCCGCUGUCCCCUCUGGCCCACACACCUUCCCCUACCCAGUCGUCUCCUCCACCCUUGCCAGGCCACAUUGUCGGGAGCUGCAACACCACCCAGUCUUUCCCUGCCAAGCUCCACUCGUCCCCACCGGUGGUCCGUCCCAGGCCAAAGAGCGCAGAGCCCCCUCGAUCGCCUCUCCUCAAGCGAGUGCAGUCGGCAGAGAAGCUGGGCUCCCCUCUGACCCAGUCCAGCUCUACGGGAGGGCUGGGGGGGCCGCUCAGGAAGCACAGCCUGGAGGUGCAGCACUCUGAGUACCGCAAGGAUGCUUUCCUCUGUGAGCUCGGCCUCCAGAGCCUGUUGGAGACAGAUGGGGAAAGUUUGCCUAAUCCUCCUCACGUGCAGUCCUCCUCAUCCUCAACUUCACCAGAGACUGGAGUGCUGAAGCCGGCGAGAAGACUGGGGAGGCAGGAGUCACCGCUCAGCAGGGAAACACUGUUGGCUGGGAGGGAGAGGGAAGAGAGGGAGAGAGGAAGGGAGCGAGAGAAAGAGAGGGACACAGAGACAGGGACAAGUCGGGUAGGAGCAUCAGCAUUCCAGUCAUCUUUAACAAGAAAACCUCACACAAGUGAUCUGUACUACAACUCACAAAGCUCCAGACUAGGUGCAGAAGGCAACAAAGUAUCAACUCUGAGCACCCCGACCAAAACAACAGGGAGUCUGGGUGGUCAGAUAGCACCUGAAAAGACCCACCAGGGUCAGGCAGAGUCAACUCCAAAACAAUUAGACCUCAAGGCAGGCAGAGGUGUGUUAUCUAAUAGUAAAGAUCUGCAGGAGCAGCAGCUCGGGGCGAGAACUGAACCAAAGCAGGAAGGAAACAGCAAGAGUGGUUUCUGCAGGCCGAGUUUUCCUGGUGCUGCUUUCACUAAGAGCUCUGCUUCCAUUCCAGAUAAAUCCAUGGGCAUCAACGUGACAGUGACUGCAGGUCCUUUGAGCAUCAACAAAACCUUUAAGUCAUCAGGGAUGGGCGACGGCCUGAGAAAGGCUGGAGCUGAGAGCAGUGACUCAAGGACUUCAGACCUCGGCUCCAAAAGCCCGAAACUUAUAGCUCGGGUCCUCGCUCCAGUUAUCCCCCCGCAUGGGCAGUCGCUCUCCCUGAGCAAGGUAAGGCAGGGACUCGGAGCCGUCAACUGCUACAGGGGAACCCUUGACUGGGAGGACAAGUGUCGCCUGGAGGUGGUGGAGGAGCACUCACCUUCCCCUUCUCCCUCCCCUACCUCCGUCGCCCCCUCCCUCUGCGGGCCCUCCCUUUGCAAGUCUCGACCUGCAUCCCCUGGCGACAAGACGAGCUUCGUCAGCCAGCUGACCACCGUGGCCAAAAGCGUCCUCGGGCCAAUCAAGCUCGGCUCCCAGGAGGGGGCCAAGAGCAAAGAGCAGCAGACUAAGGCAGCGGAGGAGAAGCAGGGAGGCACAGCAGGGAAGUCUGAAACGCCCGCUGGAGGUCGAGUGGUUGUUGGGGCUGCGGUGGUGACCCAAAGUCCUGCUGGGUCGCCCCUAGAGAAGGCUGCGACAGGCAGCAGCCUGCCCAAAAUGUGA